UCGUUAAGAGGCGACACCUGGUCUGGAGCAGUUCACGUGCUCUCAUUAACCACAUGUACAUCCUCACCUGCCCACAGAUUCUUUUAAUUACACCUCAGAGCAUGUAAUUUCUAUACAUACAGCCGCGUCAGAACAAAUCAACCCCUAGGCCUAGGCUAAGAGGUGUCCCUAAAACCGGUCUUACCACGUCGGUUUUACUCAAUGCCAAGCAGAUAAUCAAAGAUGGCGGACGAAAGAAAGUCUGAGAGAACGAGAUUGGUGAAUGAGGAUACUGAUGACUCGAGACUGGAAUCUAUUUUCCAAACUACGUCCGAGUCGCACCCGGACACAGACAGGACCGGCAGGUUCUCCUCCAAACUCGGGCUCAUCAUCAGCUGUGUGGGGUGCGCUGUGGGGACGGGAAAUCUCUGGCGCUUUCCUAGAAUUCUAGCAAACAACAGUGGAGAGAAAGGAUGUCUGCAGUUCCUGCUGGUGUGGUUGGUGUUCCUGUUCCUGUGGUCUAUGCAGAUUAUUAUCAUGGAGUACGCCAUUGGUCGGUUCACCAGGAGAGCUCCACCAAUGGCCUUCCACAAUCUUUUGGGCGUCAAUCGACGUGGCUAGGGGCCUGGAUAAGCAUUGUUAACUUUGCUGUGAGUUGCUACUACGGAGUCGUCGUCGGAUGGUCUAUGUACUACAUGUACUACUUCAUCUUUCACCCCCUACCAACUACUUUUGAAGAGAGCAGUCAGAUCUGGAAAACAUUUGCUGAGGAAAGCAGUUUGCCUGUAUUACUACAAUUCAUUGCUAGUGUGGCCUCUAUCUUUGUGGUCUGGAAAGGGGUGAACAGCAUCGAGCCUGCCAUGAAAAUCAUGAUUCCCGGACUCUUUAUCUUGAUCAUCACUGCGUUUAUCUGGUCUCUAACCCAACACAAUGUCGGGACUGCUCUUGCCUACAUUUUCACACCAG